AUGCCGUGCGGCAAUGGGCUAGCGCCGUGCCUGCUGUCCGAGGGUCAUCGGCAUGGCGUCUGCCGAACUCCUCACAGCAGCUUCCUGCUAAACAAGUUAAUCGAGAUGCGACUCGACAACAAAGACUACUGGGGCGUCGCUCGAAAGAAGCGGAAGCCGUACUUAGAGCCCACGGACGCGGCAGGCUGGUCAAGCAGGGCAUUCUGGGCUUCCAUGCGCACGCAAAAAGCCCUGGAGGAGGCAGAGAAGCAGCAGCGAGAAGCAGAGAAGCAUGCAGAGAUCGCGCGUUCGUCUAUGCAGCAGGCACAGGCGGCGAUGCUCCAGUCCAGGGUCAACUCCAGAGCUUAUGCGGUGAAGUCGCCUUCUGUGCAGCCAUACCUCCAUUUCUGCGAUGAGCUUGGGACGUGGAUUCGAAGCAACCGCAAGGCGGGUGAGUCGACGCCGAUGCUGCAAUUGAGGCGUUUCUGCUCAGGUCUGGAGAAUGCACUGGACAACAUUUCGCGCAGACCCGAGACGCUAGCAACUCGAGCGGGCUUUCGCCUCUUCGACGUGCCGCCAAUGCAGUAUCCGGAGGACCCGCAGUGGAGACCGGAUGUGCCAACUUUCCAUCUGCCUUCCGGCAUGGAUGGCCCGGAUGGCGGGUUCGACCCCGAGCUGCUGCUCCCGAUUCAGCUCUCCAUGCCCGAAGCCUUUCUUUGGCUCAC